GGAUUUGAGUUUGGAGUUGGAUUGCCAUUAUUCAAAUUUCAAAUGUCACUUAAUUAGGGAAGCUUUCUUAAUUUCCAAAUAGGAGUAUAUUUUAUGAUCCCAAAAUUAAGGAUAUAUUUAUGAGCUUAUGAUUGAGGCACAUAAACACACACACGAAAUAGAUAGAUACACAUGUUCAUGUAUGUAUGUAUUUAUAAAUUCUGCAGAAACAGAAAAUGGAUAGAUUUUCUCACACCUCAAGAACCGUACCUUUGACACAGAGAUCACCCAACUUUGAUUUCAAUUAGAACAGUCGCCGCUAAUUUCGGGCGUAGAAAAAAAAAGUAGAUAAUUUGCACUAAAUUCUACUGCACAUGAGACUAUUCCUUGUCGCCAUUCACAUUAAAUAUAAAUACAUUGUAUAUAUAAUUGCCUCAAUUGACUGUCUUUUUGCUUUGCUUUGUCGUUACCUUUUUCCUGUUGUUUCAGCAAAUUAAGCGGAAGAAAGUGGAAAAAGGAAAUUUUUUCUUGAGUGAUGGAGUGGGAAAAGCAACCGCCGCAGCAGGCGGAAGAACCGGGCGGCGGCGGAGGGAUGUUUGUGAAGGUGAUGACGGACGAGCAGAUGGAAGUUCUCCGCAAGCAGAUUGCUGUCUACGCCACCAUUUGUGAGCAGCUCGUUGAGUUGCACAAAUCCCUCACUUCCCAGACCGAUCUUGCUGGAGUGAGGUUAGGAAAUCUGUAUUGCGAUCCCCUGAUAACAUCAGGUGCCCAUAAAAUCACCGGCAGACAACGGUGGACCCCAACACCUAUGCAGCUUCAGAUUCUUGAACGCAUUUUUGAUCAAGGGAUUGGAACACCGAGCAAACAGAAGAUCAAAGAAAUAACCAGUGAGUUGUCUCAACAUGGCCAGAUUUCUGAAACAAACGUCUAUAAUUGGUUUCAAAAUAGGCGUGCUAGGUCGAAGAGGAAGCAACAGGCUGCACCGUCAAACAAUGCUGAAUCUGAAGUCGAGACAGAGGUAGAGUCCCCCAAUGAGAAGAAAACAAAGCCUGAGGAAUUUCAACCUCAGCAGAUCCUAACUUCAAGACCAGAGGAUCUCUGUUUUCAGACGAGUUCAGCAAUACAUUCUGUCGAUCCAAGAACCAGCAAACCCGAACCAAUGUUGCCUCCUGAAGGCAGCUCCAAGUUUGGGGGUAAUUUCGGGGAAAUGUCCUUUUAUGGAAAUAUGUUAUCAAAUCCAAGAAUGGACCAGUUCAUAGGAAAGAUAGAAGUUCCCGGUAACUACAAUCCUUAUUUACAGCAAGAAGACUACAACAUGGAUGGAUAACCGUAUAGAUCUCUUGACUUGUGGUAUAUGUGCUUUAUGAACUGAAAAUAUUAGUUGCUUCUGCUCGAACUCGGAGACUAAUGCUGACCUUGUCGUCUUGGACUGCAUUUUGAAGACCAAUGAAGUCGGUAUUCUGAUAUAUAUCGCUCUAGAGAGCCCGUCCCUAUUUUUCAUUUUCGAUUUAUUCCUUUUCUUUUGUCUUGCCUCGUUGCUUUAAAUUACGACUGUGUGCCCUGUCUAUUGUGUUCCUUCUCACUCUGUAGAUUAACAGAUCUUCUUACUUUUGAAUCUUUGAUGAUUGUUUUAGCAACUUCUGAAUAUAUUGAUUCAUAUAAUAUUUUGCUUUUGAGGAUA